AUGCCUAUGGAACAGCCGGUGCCCUUGUACCGUCUGCUUUCCUUGGAUGGCCGUAUGUUAUACGCGGACCGUCAAACCUUGGCCAUGAUUGGACCGGUGGAGAUGCUGUUCGAAAACGCUGGUCUCGAUUACAUCCCUCUGGACAGCAUGAUGCCGAUCAAACUGGAAUUGCCGGCGGAAGUGCUGCUGAAAGUCGUGGGAUGGUGUGAUCACCACAAGAAUGAAGCGGAAAUCGAAGAUGACGAUGAUCACAUUUCGGAAUGGGAUCUGGAGUUUUUGUCGGUUCGGUACAGCCUGCUAUUCGACAUCAUUCGAGCUGCUCGUCACUUUGAAAUCCCCGGAUUGUUCGCUGUGUGCUGUCGGAUUGUGUCUCGUGAUCCGGGGAUGAUUAUUCCUGCAUUUUUGAACAACGAUGAUGAUCCCGACCCAAGAAGACACCAACGAGUGGGGCUUAGUGAACCGGCAAGAGCCGCUUAG